CGCGAGGUGCGGCCGCGAUACAUAAACACGGCUCCGCCGCCGCCGGGGCUCUCAGUUCGCAGCCCGACGGAGGAGCUCGUCCGGCAGCGGGGAACGCAGCGGCCGAGCGGCUCCGGCGGCAGACGGGGCGGGAGGCUCCAGCGGGCAGCAGCGGAGGGCUGCGCGCUCCCUCGAGGGCGACGGCCCUGCCGUAGCCCAGGCGGCCGGAGGAAGAGCAGGAGGAGGAAGGGCGUGGGCUCCCCGCCGGCGGCGGGCUCCCUCCGGUAUGGCCCUGGCGGACAGCGCCCGCGGGCUGCCCAACGGCGGCGGCGUUUCGCCGGCUGCGGGGAGCGGGGCGCCGGGGAGUGGGGCGGUGGCAGCGGCCACGGGCGGCUGGUCGUCCUUCCCGGAGAUCGUGGAGCUGAACGUGGGCGGGCAGGUGUACGUGACGCGGCGGUGCACCGUGGUCUCGGUGCGCGACUCGCUGCUCUGGCGCAUGUUCUCGCAGCAGCAGCCCAGCGAGCUGCCCCGGGACAGCAAGGGCCGCUUCUUCCUCGACCGCGACGGCUUCCUCUUCCGCUACAUCCUGGACUACCUGCGGGACCUGCAGCUGGUGCUGCCCGAGCACUUCCCUGAGCGCAGCCGCCUCCAGCGGGAGGCCGAGUACUUCCAGCUGCCCGACCUGGCUCGCCGCCUGGCGCAGACUCGGGCCGUCGCCGCCCGCCCCGCCGCCCUGCACCGCGACGGCUCCAUCUGCGCCGAAGAGCCGCCGCCGCCGCUCCUCGGCUACCUGGAGGCCGAGCCGCUGGAAGGAAGCGGCGGGGCCGUGGCGUCCGCUCCGUCGCCUACCGCCAGCCGCAGCCCCUCGGGCGGGCCGCUGCUCACGCCCUCGCAGUCGCUGGACGGGGCGGGCGGGCGGCGCUCGGGCUACAUCACCAUCGGCUACCGGGGCUCCUACACCAUCGGGCGGGAGGCACAGGCCGACGCCAAGUUCCGGCGGGUGGCCCGCAUUACUGUCUGCGGCAAGACGGCCCUGGCCAAGGAGGUCUUCGGGGAGACGCUGAACGAGAGCCGCGACCCUGACCGCCCUCCCGAGCGCUACACCGCCCGCUACUACCUCAAGUUCAACUUCCUCGAGCAAGCCUUCGACCGACUCUCCGAGGCCGGCUUCCGCAUGGCCGCCUGCUCCUCCACUGGCACCUGCGCCUUCGCCCCCGAGCAGGGUGGUCCUGCCGAUGACAAGAUCUGGACCAGCUACACCGAGUAUGUCUUCUGCCGGGACUGAGCAUCCGCCCAGCCCGUGGCGGGGGGACAAGGCAGCGGCCCCUGCACACCCUCGCACCCAAGGUCCCCUCCCAUGCCUGAAGGAGGAGGAUGUGGAGGGGGCCCGUGUCCCCCUGUGCUUUCCUCACCCCGGUGUCUGCCUUCACGCGCAAGGCGGGUCAGCCCCAGCGCAGCCCUCACCCCUCUUGCAGCACCUCCUGACGGCCCUAGGGGCGGGAGGUCACUGUAUUGUGCCUCGGCUGCAAUGUCCCUGCUUGGCCACCACGUCCCUAAUCAGUCACCAUAGCCUGGCUCCCACCAUCAUCCUCCCUCCCACAUCUCCCAGUACCCGUGUUGGUAGCGAGGAAGGAGAGAGAUACUGGGAGUAGACAAGUACCCGUCUCACGAAUGCGUGCAGGUGUGCCCAGUCCCUGCCCCUCACCAUGCACAGAGCUGAGGUAUAGCUCUGGCAGGGUGGGCUGUUUUAAAAACCAUCCACUUAGGGGCUGAGAAACUGAUCUGAAUUGCUCAAAAGCAACUUCUGUUGGAGAUGGCAUGACAAAUGGCUAUCUCUUCUUAUCCCAAGACCCUUGUUGGGCAGACCCAAAAUGGUCCAUUUUAACCCCCCCCCCCAACAAAGUCAUGUCUGUGAAGGACUGUCACAUAGAAGUGAUGCCUGACUCUGAGGGGUUUGCACUGGCUCAUACUUUAUCUGUAGAGAUGAGUAAUUCUGGAGGAGGCAUGCCCUUCACAACUGAUUGCUUCCAUCUCCCCUCUCUGCUCCCCCUGUAUCUCUGAACUCUUCUCUCCAAGCUGUUAAACUGGACCAGGGCCUGUGCAGCAAGCAUGUAAGGCUGAUGUGAAAGGACAAGUUUGCUGGAUAACCAACCGUUUGAACUAUAAAGUGUCCUCAGAGACGUGUUUAUUCCACUGAGAGGUAAAACAACGACACUUUGCAAAAUUAUAGUGCUUGUGAAUUGUAACUUUCAUGGGUGGUCUGAAAUCCUUAUAAUUCUUUUGCAGUUGCUGUCUAUAAUAUGCAUAGAAGUCUCAAUGCAUAUUUCCUUAAACAUCCUCAAAAUGAUGGGAGUGAGAUGAAGCCAGGCUUGCCAGAGUAAAAGUAGGGCCUGCUUCCUGGGAAGCUGAAAUCUCAUACCUUGAAUUAGUGCAGAUGUACAUUAUAAAUGUAAUCAAGAGCACCCUGCUUAUUAUUUUUUGUCAUGUUAGUGCUGUAAAACUCUCAAGCCAACAGAAUUGAUGACAACAUCACUUCUUGAAGUACCAGUUUCUUAGUUUCAUGGCAGUACUACCACUGACACUGCUAUGUUCUUCUUCCUAGAGAAACUUAGUGCUUCUUAGGACAGGAUUGAACCCUGUCCUUAGAAAAACAAGAAUGAUGCCAACUUUCUUCAGGGGAAAUUACCCUUUUGAGCUAUAUUUUGUUACUGCUGUCUAACAGUCUCUCCCGGAGGAAGCAGUCAUAGUCUGCUUUGCAACAGAUCAUCUGAGCAGCAGGUUUUACGGUACGGAAGAUGGACCAGCUCUUUUUAAUAAAUUCUUGAAAUCUGGAGUACAAAAGCACUUUCCUUUAAAAACCUAAACUUGAUUUAAGAAUUUGUAUUGUCUGUUCAGACCAUCACGAAAAAAUAGCCUAAAUAUAUGUGAAGUGUCGAAGAAUUUAGUGGUACAUGUUAAAGGCUUGAAGUUGUGUUUUUAAAACUCUUGAAUAAUAAAUUGUUCUAACUCCAAAUUUAGAAAUACUGCUAGCAUUUAUAUUCUAACCAAAGAAUUUCAUGGUAGGUUUUUUUUUUUUAAAACCUUAAUUCCUUUGAAAAGAGAUAGCUACAUUUCUAUCAAGUUUCAGUGCACAGUCUCUGCGUUCACCCCUUGGUCUUUCAUUAAGCGUGUGCACAACUGCAUAAAACUGAAAAAAAUUUUCAUCACCAUGGCUUUUUUUUUUAAUAUUAGCAAGGUUGUUUAUUGAUAUGAUUAAAUUGAAGAUGCGCAUAUGAAAGCACUGGGUACUGUCCAAUUGUAGAUAGUUGUAUUAUGGAGUAUUUUUAAAAGCAAAGAAAUGUAUACCUGCCAAAUUAGAUGAGCAAUAAGAUACAGUGAGAGGCCAAUACACCAGAAGAUGGGAGUGAAGCCUAUUUGUCCUAUGCCUUACUCUGAGAUGAUUUCUUUGUGCUUAACUUACUCAUACCACAAGUGAAAGGACAUUGAUCACAACUACUAGGUCUUUACAGUGCCAUUCUCAAGAAUAACGACUGUCUUUUUCUAGUUUCUGUUAAGUAACUCUGAAGUACAUUUUUUAAGAUUUUGUAUAAAAUCAGUUUUCAGUAAAGUGUUCAAAUUCGCUCUAGAUAUCUUUCUUUUUUUAAGAAUCUGGUAUCUUACUAAAUCCAUCAUAGAAGCUAUGAAUAGCUUGUGAUUUAAUGUACAUAUAUAUACAGUAUAUAAACAUUUUACAUGAAUCAUUUAGUUUUUUAAUCAUUUUAGCGCUACAGGAUUUCAUAAUAUAUCUAGCUUAGCAUUUACACAUUAUGUUAUGUACAUAAUAUGGUAAUGUUUUACUGGUUUCUUAUACCUGUUUCUAUGGAAAAACUGAAUAUGAGUAUCAUCAGCUUGUAGAAUUGAAAUUGAUGACAUACUUGCUUGAAUGUGAAUUGUAACUAAACUUCCAGGUGGCUGAAUGCAUCUCUAAAACAAAGAUUGCCUGUAUUUUGAUUUAUAAUUGCCUAUCCAUUUGCUGGCAGAUGACCCAAAAAUUCUCAUAUUUUAAGUAAAAAUGGAUGUAACAUAAACAGAUGAUUUUUUUUAAUCUUUGUGUUUGUGCUAAAAACUUUAAGUGUUAUUAGUGUUAAAAAAUGGGGCCCUUUGUUUACUGUGACUCAUUAUCAGUAUCAUCAGUAGACUAAAAAUGAUGGUGCCAUAAAUGUGAUAGUCAUUUGGUGGUUUGCCACAGAAAAUGAUAUUUUUCUGAAACAUUACUUAGUAAUCUCUGUAAAUUUUUUAAGAGGAAAAAUGCCCAAGGCAAAGUCACUGAGUUUUGCUGGUCUCUUGUAUUGAAAGCUCAAAGAACGGAUAAACACAGUGACUCUGCUAACUUGUUGGCAUGAAAAAGGACAAAAAUCUAAAGGCACAAUACUGGAGUCCCAUAUAUAUUUUGAAGCGGUUGUUCGCAGUUCACGUACUUAUGGAGGAAUGCAGUAGCAUUUAUAAGUGCUGUUAAGCCCCCUACAAAGGCAGUCUUUCUUUUAAUUAGAAGUUAAGGCAUAGGUCUUUUCAGUGAUGCAUAUCAUGAAGGGUGACUUUGCCUAUGCUUGAUUAGGAUGUCUAUAUUUUUAUACAUGUAGAUAAUGAGCCACUUAUUCAUUCUUAUUUUCCCAUGUAUAGCAUUGAAAAUAAAGAUCCUCCGAGGAAAAAGUUACAUACCAAAUUAAAUUUUGUUCUUUAAAUAUUAACUCAG